UACAACAUACCAGAACAAGAAACGUGUCACAAACGCAAGAUUUUUUAUUAGAUUAGUUAUGUAUUGAUUCUUAGGAUUAUUUCAUUGGUUCAUAAUACAACAUGUUCGCUUCAAAAUCAUGUAUUUUGGUCAUAAUUUUGUUUAUUGACGCUAUUGUUGAGGGACAAGAAUACAAGGUGACUGAACAAGUCUUUUUUGAUAUCGAACAUGACAACAAAUCUAUAGGUAGGAUUUUAAUCGGACUAUUUGGUGAAAUUGUGCCAAAAACAGUUUUCAACUUCAAAACAAUUGCAAUGCAAGGAAUUAAAGGAAAAACUUAUGAAAACUCGCCAUUUCACCGUGUUAUCGACCGAUUUAUGAUACAAGGAGGUGAUAUUGUUUUCGGAAAUGGAUCAGGUACAAUAAGCGUAUAUGGCAACACAUUUGAGGACGAAAAUUUCAUAAUAAAGCACUCCGGCCCUGGAAUGAUCAGUAUGGCAAAUACUGGUCCAAACACUAACGGAUGUCAGUUUUUCAUUACCACCAUGGCCACCCCAUGGUUGGAUGGACAACAUGUGGUAUUCGGCAAAGUGGUGAAAGGUCAAGAAGUAGUCCACAUAAUCGAACACGUAAAAAGAGAUGUUGAAGAUCGACCUUUGAAACCUGUUAUUAUUGUGAGAUCUGGAUUGAUGGAUCUACCCAGUCCUUACAUGGAACCAGAAAAGGAUUACGAGUUAACAUUUUGGGCUUGGUUGAAAGCUGGCUGGUUUCCUUUGUCUUUUUCCUUCUUGAUAUUAGGGAUAUUCCAUUAUUUGAUGUCCCAAUUGAAUCAAGUUUCGUAAUUGACUGUUUACAUUUCUGUUAUUUUAUUGUGAAGUUUUUUGGGUACUUGACUCAUAGAGGUAUGGAAAUAAAGGUGAUAUAAGAAA